CUUGUACCCCAGAAGCAAAAUGAUCAGAGUCUGAGGUCUCCUCUUGCACAGACUAGUAUCGUCAAUGUCCCAGGUUGAAUGCUGUUUCCUUGUAUUUAUGCAAUUUAGCUAAGGACAAUGGCAUCAAUUGCUAUGGAUAUGUUAAAAGCUGCAUCGGAUUGGCUCACUUUUGUUUUUGAUGCUCCUUUUGCAAGAGCUGUUGUCUUUGGAGUGAAUAUUGGAGGGCAUCUAUUUGUGGAGGGUCUUCUCAUUGUGGUCAUUGUUUUUCUUCUUUCGCAGAAGAGUUAUAAACCACCUAAAAGACCAUUGACAAAGAAGGAGAUUGAUGAGCUAUGUGAUGAAUGGGUUCCUGAACCUCUAAUUCCUAAAAUGACAGAUGAGAUGAGAUAUGAACCUCCGAUAUUGGAGAGUGCUGCAGGGUCACAUACGUUAAUUAAUGGCACAGAAGUUAUUAACUUUGCUUCAGCAAAUUACCUAGGAUUAGUCGGACAUGGCAAGUUACUUGAAGCAUGUACAGAAUCAUUGGAGAAAUAUGGUGCCGGUUCUUGUGGUCCUCGUGGAUUUUAUGGAACAAUAGAUGUCCACCUUGAUUGUGAGGCCAGAAUAGCAAAGUUUUUGGGCACUCCAGAUUCCAUACUUUACUCUUAUGGACUUUCCACCAUGUUUAGUGCCAUUCCAGCAUUUUGCAAGAAGGGAGAUGUCAUUGUUGCGGAUGAGGGUGUGCACUGGGCAAUUCAAAAUGGCCUUCAGCUUUCCAGAAGUACAGUAGUAUAUUUCAAACACAAUGACAUGGAGUCUUUAAGAGAUAUGCUAGAGAAGGUCACCAAAGGGAACAAGCGUGCAGAGAAGCUGAGGCGCUAUAUUGUGGUUGAAGCAGUGUAUCAG